AUGGCUUCAGCCGGCCUGGAGAUUCUGGGGAUGAUCCUGACCGUGGCCGGGUGGCUCGGUGUGAUGGUUGCCUGCUGUUUGCCCAUGUGGAGAGUGGCGGCGUACAUAGGCCAAAACAUCGUCAUCACGCAGAUCGUGUGGGAAGGUUUGUGGAUGAGCUGCGUGGUGCAAAGCACAGGACAGAUGCACUGCAGAGUCUACGACUCUAUGCUCGGGCUUCCCGACGACCUGCAGGCAGCGCGGGCUCUGACGGUCGUAAGUACGCUGCUCGGUGUGGUGGGCAUAGCUCUGGCAGUGGCUGGAGCAAAGUGCACCAACUGCACAUCAGAUGCAGCUAACAAGCCGCGCAUUAUGCUGGGAGCUGGGGUGACGUUUAUAACGUGCGGGCUGCUGCUACUAGUAGCCGUCUGUUGGACGGCCAACGGCAUCAUCCUGGAUUUCCACAACCCGCUUUUAGAGGAGACGCAAAAGAGGGAGUUUGGGAACUCGCUGUACUUCGGAUGGGGCGCCUCCUGUCUGCUGAUCCUAGGUGGAGCCAUUUUGUCAUGUUCCUGCUCCUCAAAAUCGCAGAACAAUGCUGUACCGACAAGAGUGGACUACUCAGGGGUCAAAUCUAUGUCUAACAGAAUGGCAGCUCUAGGGUUGGAGAUACUAGGGGUCACCCUAGCUGUGUUCGGUUGGCUUGUAGGCAUCGUGUCUUGCGCUUUACCCAUGUGGAAGGUCACGGCUUUCAUCGGGGUGAACAUCGUAACGGCGCAGACCAUAUGGGAGGGAAUCUGGAUGAACUGUGUGGUGCAAAGCACUGGCCAGAUGCAGUGCAAAGUCUACGACUCAAUGCUGGCUCUCAGCUCAGACCUGCAGGCGGCUCGGGCUCUGUGUGUGAUCGCCAUCGUGAUGGGAGUAAUGGGACUCCUCCUCUCCAUUGUGGGGGCCAAGUGCACUAAUUGCCUAGAGGGAGAGCGCGCCAAAGCCAGAGUUAUGAUCGCCGCUGGAGUCACCUUCAUUUGUGCUGCGGUCAUGCACUUGAUCCCUGUGUGCUGGUCUGCUCACAGUAUCAUCACUUCCUUCUACAACCCCAUAGUCAUUGAGGCACAAAAGAGGGAAAUCGGUGCGUCUCUUUACCUGGGAUGGGCAUGUAGCGCCCUUCUGCUGAUUGGAGGGGGGAUUCUCUGCUGCAGCUGCCCCCCACAGGAAGAAAAUAGGUACGGUCCACCCAGCAGGAUGGUUUACUCCGCUGCACGGUCUGUACCACCCGCUGGCUUUGACAAACGAGACUAUGUGUGAACAAACGUACUCUUUUUGUACUGCAACUCUAUUCAUUUGUGAUGAUACAGCACGAGUCAAUGUGUUUUUCUGUAUAGUGAGUUGUUUUGCCAUUCAAAUGUAUUUCCUAAUAUGUGCUUGCUUUUGUUACCCAGUUUAUGCAGUUUUAAAGAAUUGCAAGUGUUACAUUAUUACUAAUAAUAAGCACAUAAAUAAGUAUGUUCAUAGCCAUGUGUAUAAAGGUAACUAUGUUGUCAUUUUUAGUGUGUUAUUGCUAAUAACUAAAAUUUCUCUUCAGUGUUUCAAUACAUUUGUUUGUAAACUUCAUUGUAUGCAUCUAUGAUGUGUGUUCAUGUUCUAUUAAGACUUCAGUGUGCCACUCUGUCUGCUGCAGGGUAUAAAAAACCUUAAAACAUAUUCAUUAAAAAAUACAAAUUAAAUUUUUCUAUGCUCCAUGAUUUUUCCCCCUAGUCCUAAUUAAUUAAAUUUAUUAACCCUUUCCCCACCAGCAUUUUUUUUUUCAGCAUUUUUGAACAUUUUGACAAACAAUUAGUGGCACCCAGAUAAAUUGUUUGUAUGAAUAUAUGGACAUGCAUUAUAGAAAAAUAACCUCUGUUAAAAAAAAAAAAAAAGUACUUUGCCUUCAUGCAUUUUAUCAAAGCUUGACAAUGAGUAAGUUUCAUAAAAAAAAAAAAAAGACAAAGAAAGAAAGAAAGAAAAAGCAACAUUUUGAGCAAAAAAACUGAACAGUAAUCAUGUUUUUAUUAAAAUCUACAUGGAUAAUCAGAUCAAUGAUCAAAAUAUAGAUGGAGUAGAUCUCUUCCAUGAACACCUCCAAACCUCCGACACCUUCAUGGCUCGAUAACAUUUGGUAAUGUUAAGCAGUUCUGAUUUAUAUGCUGAUAAAAUAAUGUUCUAUAAUUGCUUUAGCGUACAUGUGCAUAAACAAUGCUUCUAUCA